CUCACUCUUUCCUUCUCCUCCCCAAACCCACAAAAUCCCUUAUCCUCCGUCUCCACCGUCCAUGGCCAUGGCGUCCUCCCUCGCCGCCACCCUCCGCGCCCUCGUCGCCGCCCCGGCCGCCGUCUCCCUCCCGAAGCCCUUCCUCGUGCUCCUUUCCCCGGCUCUCCCGGCCCGCCACCUCGGCCUGCGCUCCGCCCGCCCGCGGCUCCCGCUCGCCCCGCUCGCCGCCUCCGACUCCUUCGACUCCUCCGUGGAGGUCGCCGAGCCGGAAGUCGCCGAGGACGAGGCCCUGGAGGCCGUCGCCGAGGAGGAGCCGGCGGCUGCUGAGGAGGAGGUUGCGGCGGCGGAGGAGGAGGAGGUCGGUGAGUACGUGGAGCCGCCGGAGGAGGCCAAGGUGUACGUCGGCAACCUGCCCUACGACGUCGACAGCGAGCGCCUCGCGCAGCUAUUCGAGCAGGCGGGCGUCGUCGAGGUCUCCGAGGUCAUUUACAACAGGGAAACAGACCAGAGCCGUGGAUUCGGGUUUGUCACCAUGAGCACCAUUGAGGAGGCUGAGAAGGCUGUGGAAAUGUUCCAUCGCUAUGAUGUGGGUGGAAGGCUGUUGACUGUAAACAAGGCGGCUCCUAGAGGUGCCCGUGUGGAGAGGCCUCCCCGUGAUUCCGGGUCUUCAUUCAGGAUUUACGUGGGCAACCUGCCAUGGCAGGUGGACGACUCUAGGUUGGUAGAGAUGUUCAGUGAGCAUGGCAAAGUCGUCGAUGCCAGGGUUGUCUACGACAGGGACACCGGGCGCUCACGGGGAUUCGGUUUCGUGACAAUGGCAUCGCAGGUGGAACUGGAUGAUGCUAUUGCUGCCCUUGAUGGACAGAGUUUGGAGGGGCGUGCCCUACGAGUGAAUGUCGCAGAGGAGCGGCCACCGCGGCGGUUCUAGAUGAUGUAUUUGUUGGUGGAAUACAGCAUGCCUUCUGCUUAAGAGCGACGAUAGCACGUCCAAUACCGUUUUAGACCCUCCGUUAUCCUCCCAUCCAUUCUUGUGCCAUGUUUCUUCUUUCUGGUGUUUUUUUUUGUUCUUGCUAUCUGUCCCUUGGUUCCCUGAUCUCAAUUUGUCGAUGCAAUGCAAAAGUUUUGUCUGACA